UCACCCCCACAAGCCAUUUUAAUUCAGUCAUUUUCCAGAAAAGCUCACACUGAAUUUCUUGAAUCUCUUCUUGGAGUCAUCAUUUGAUUCCCUUUAAUUAUUUCUUUUUUGUGUUGCAGAGACCUUUAGUUUUUGUUCUUUUAUAUGUAUUAAGGUCUCAGUGACACAGUGAAGAAUGAAGCAACUGAGUGGUAAUAUUCAGAUGAAGACAUUUUCAUCAGUUUUGGUGAAAUUUGCUGUGUGUUUUCUGGUCUUGGGCCUUGCUUAUCGCCUCUUCUCGUCAAGUUUAUUUCAGUUCUCACCUGUUUUUGUGGGUAAUGAUGAGAAGCCCGGGUUGAGAGUGGACAAGACUAUGCCACCCCAGGUUGUGGCUGAGCCACCGCCUGAAAUCACUGAUGAUCCUUUUCUGAAUCUCGAUGAUCAUGCUCCAGAAAAUGUCACAGAAAAGUGCAACUUAUUUUUAGGAGAUUGGGUUCCUGAACCUAAUGGCCCAAUGUACACAAACACCACUUGCCAAACUAUUGAAGCCCCUCAGAAUUGUAUGAAGAACGGACGGCCAGAUUCGGAUUACAUCUACUGGAGGUGGAAACCAAGGGACUGCAAUCUACCCAAGUUUGAUCCAAACAAGUUUCUUAAUAUAAUGCGAAAAAAAUCAAUGGCCUUUAUCGGUGAUUCAAUUAUGCGUAAUCAUGUUCAGUCGUUGCUCUGUAUGCUCUCAAAGGUCGAGAAAGCUGUAGACAUCUACCAUGAUGAAGCAUACAGAAACAGAAGAUGGUCUUUCCCCUCAUACAAGUUCACUGUCUCAUUGUUCUGGUCGCCUUUCCUCACCAAAGCGCAUACUUUCGAGGAUGAUAACGGAGUUUCAACGGGCUUAAUCCAGCUUCAUCUUGAUGAGCUGGACACAUUAUGGACAAAGCAAAUCGAGAAUCUUGAUUAUGUAAUAGUUGCUGGAGGAAAAUGGUUCCUCAAAUCUGCACUCUACUAUGAGAACAACACUUUGGUGGGCUGCCAUAACUGUCACAAUGCAAACAUAACUCAGCUGGGAUUCCAGUAUGCCUACAGAAAAGCCAUAAACUCAGUGUUGAAAUUCAUCAUCUGCUCAAAGAAGAAGGCGUUCACGCUGUUCAGAACUUUGGUUCCCGAUCACUUUGAGAAUGGAGAGUGGAAUACAGGUGGUUAUUGCAACCGAACGAGACCAUUCAAAGAGGGGGAGAUUGAGAUUAAUGAUACAGAUGAAAUUAUGAGAAGAGUUGAACUUGAAGAAUUUCAGAGCGCAGCAGCAGAAAUAGGGUCGGCAAACUCAAUGAAUUUGGAGCUAUUUGACGCAACGCUUUUGUCGCUCCUGAGACCUGAUGGUCAUCCGGGGGUUUACCGGCAAUUCCAUCCUAAUGCCAGGAUAGACAAACAUGCAAAGAUCCAGAAUGACUGUUUACAUUGGUGCUUGCCGGGGCCUAUAGACUCUUGGAAUGACUUGAUGCUGGAAAUGCUUCUGAAAGACAAAAACUGAUGAUGGUUGCUGUUGCACCUGAAAGUUCUUGUACAACUUUGCUUAUGGUUCUUAGUCUUCUCCUUCCUCACUUCUUUAGAUGAGGAAAUAGCAUUAAUGGUAGCACUGUAUAAGCAUUAUGUACAAAUGUUUUCUAAGAUGUCAAAGCAUUGUCACCCUUGUAAAAGAGUGUACAGAUUCCGGGCUAAGAAGAAAAGUUGCUUUUAAAGCGUA